AUGGACCUCGCAAAACACAACCCAGCUGAGAUCUGGAUCGCGGCCCGGAGCGCUCCCAACGCCCAAACCGUCAUCAACGCAAUCGAGAGCACCUCUCCAACAGUCUCUGUCAAAUUUCUAAAGCUCGAUCUCACUUCCUUUGACUCUAUACGCAACGCUGCAACCAAAUUCCUCUCAAUGGCAUCCCGUCUCGACAUCCUCAUCCUUAACGCGGGCGUCAUGAACGUGCCUGCUGGAAGUGUGACGCAGGAAGGCUACGAGAUGCAUUUCGGAACCAAUCAUGUUGGCCACGCCUUGUUCGUCAAGCUUAUUGUUCCCGUCUUGAGCACGACAGCUUCCAAAAGUGAUGUUGGCGGCGGAAAAGCCGACGUCCGCGUCGUCUUCGUCAGCUCCGUGGCUCAUAAGUACCCACCUUCUGGCGGUCUGCAGUUCGACAGUUUUCACCCAAACGGCCAAACUAAAAGUCUUUCGGCGAAUGCUCUCUACGGACAGAGCAAGCUCGCCAACCUGCUGUACGCACGGGAGAUGGCCAAGAGGUAUCCCCAAUGGACGACCGUGUCCAUCCACCCGGGCACAGUCAAGACCGACUUGCAAAAGUCGACGGAUGGUAGCCUGCUCAUCAGAGCAUUUCAGAAAGUGGUCGUCCCACUCAUCGUAGUCGACGUGGAGGAGGGUCCGAGGAGCCAGCUGUGGGCUGCUACUGCCGAUGGGGUUGAGAAUGGCGAGUACUAUGAGCCCGUUGGCGUCGCUGGCAAUGGCAGUGCUUUCGCGAAGGAUAACAACCUCGCACUCAAGCUGUGGGAUUGGACUCUAAAGGAGAUUGAAAAUGUGUAUAUUUGA